AUGGCUUCCGCGGGCGAUUCCAUUGUCGCUCCUACUAGGGAGACAGACCUUCAAAAGAAUUCCAACACCAGCCAACCCAAGCUCCGUCGAUCGAAAAGACUCAUCAACAAUCCUACCUCACAGACAAGCACCAUUGAGCCAUCCCGUGCAGCAGCGCGUGUGCCACGUCCAGUGGACCCGGUGCAGAGAAGGAAGAAUGCUUGGCCUUUCAAGUGGGAAGGCUGGCGCAUCAAUGCAAUUGCAUUCCAGUUCCGCAGAUCUGGCCUUGAGGCUGUACAGAAGCUCAGAGAGGGACAGAACGACUUGUGGAAGACCAGCCCCCAGGACGCCUCGCUGUACGAGGACGCUCUGCAGGUCUUCAAUGAUGAGCAAGCUGCUCGUGAGAUCCAGCAGAAGUUCCUACUUCCAGAAGAAGUUGGAGGCGUAGCCCCCAUUGAAGAGGCUAUCGAGGAAGAUGAGGCUGCCAGAGCUCUCUUGGAUCUUGACUACUCGGACCGCAACGAUGUUUACGUCCAAGACGAGACUGUUGACAACACUCUCAUGCCUCGCCCAUUCAAUCCAAAGAACGUGGCAGAAACCAACCUGCCCAGGCUCAUGGAGCUUGACGCGGUCACCCAGGCACCAGUAGACAGCGCUAUGACAGAUGCCCUUCUCGCUGCCCAGAGAGGCAUUGAGGUUCCCACAGCCAGAGACGACAGCAACGGCAAUCUCACAAUAACCACUACCUACCACGAUUCUCACACGACAAGAGUCACCAAGCACGUCACUCCAAAGGCCAUAACAGACGACGAGGUCGCGCUGGCCCUACUGGGUCUUGCUUACUCAAGCAACCCUCAGGAUUAUGUCAAAGAUGACAUUCCCAUCAACACUCCAGCACUUCGCCACUUCCACUCAGAAAAUUCUAUAAUUGCCGACCACUCCCCAGAAAAUCACAAGGGCAAGACCUCUGAGCCUACCUCUCGUCGCACAACUCGUUUCAAAGGCAAAUCUCGCGCCGACACUUCAUCAGCCCCUGAGAAAUAUGAAGUUCCGGACCACCAUCAAAAGGCUCCAAAAAGGGUUACCAAGAGCGUACCCCUGUCUGUUCGCAAGCCCCACACCAGAGCACUUCUCGAAACUUCCACCCCUUCUCCUCCCCUGACGGAAGGCGCAGAGCAGAGAACAAAGUCUGGCAAGACCACUGUUUCCCGCGGCCAGAGAUCAACCCAACAGGCAGCUGUUUCUCAAAGCCCUCGCAAACUCAGGAGCUCCGCUCAUCAAGACCCCAACGAGCAGCCAUCCAACCCAAGGCGUAGUAAGCGCAAGGCCACCGCAGAAGGGACUGUCGACGAGGCUCCUACUACCAAGAAGCCCAAGUCUACACCACGUACCGAGACGGACUCAACCCCUACAUCGCGCAGCAAGAUUGAACUCGUACGUCACGAGGAUUCAGACGACGAUGAAUACGACAACGACGGAGAUGAAGCAGAUCAACUUAGUCCAGUCAAGACCAAAUCGACCAAGACCAAGCACAAGAAGACAACUCGACAGUCGCAGCGUGGAGUCGUCGUCAAUCAGUCUCCCGCAGUACCUCAAGUCCCCGCAGCACCACCCAUCAGCGCUCAACCCAACACCGUAGUCGCCGUUCAACCUGCCGCAGCACUCCCCACCAGAGCUCCACCCAACACUGCAGGUAUUCCCAACGAUGCCCUGGCUCUGAACGAGUUCUUCAGGAAGGAUCAUCCUUGCAGCUUGGGUGUGCAGCUGCCAAUCAACCGCACUCGUACUCGCUGGGAAUGGAGUGCAUAUGUCACCCGCAAGACUGGUAACGCUCAAUUCGACUGGGGCAAUGAGACGCACGUCAGGGACGUCAACCGCUGGCGCCAGCAGCGUAUUCGUCGUCGCUUGACUGAACACGGCGUUGUGCGUGAUGGUCGUAAGCACGAUGAUUGA